AUUGGUAACUGAUUUUGAGAACCUAAUUGAGGUACGCAACUGCAGACGUCGUUACUUGUCUAACUGACCGUAAUGGCGACUACGUGAAACCCGUGUUAUCAUACCACAGACUCUGACGAGGUUUGGAGCCAACAUGCUCAGGAGAACAACUGGGGAGGAAUCAGACAAAAUGACGGUACACUUUAUGUUUCUGGCUGUGGUGCUUGUCUUGUCGAUUUCUCCAUUUGCAUCGCAAACAGACUCAACCACGACAAAUGGACCGUUCGAAAGUGGCAGGCCUACAACGCAAAGUCAGUCAACAUCGUUGCCGGUACCAACGACGCAGUUUUCGCUCACCAAUGUCACCAUGAUGUCACACGGGACCAAUGACAGCCAAUCAACGACACAGCCAGUGGAAAUUGUUUCACAGGGAACACAAAAUGUGACCGGUGUAUUAAUCCCGAGUGAGUUAAACAACACAACAGCUUCUCAAAACCAACAAGGAACCACAAGCUUAGGCAAGACGACAUCGCAGACAACUUUGGGUCUUAGUUUGGCGGGAACGAAUAAUGGAACAACUGCUAGACCCGAUGGGGUUAACACAACAAUGCCACAAGGGGCUAAUGGCAGCGACUCGACGACACAGACGACGGAAACUAUUUUACCUGGAGGACAAAACUCGACCAUUGCAACACUCCCGAGUGGGCUUAACAAAACAACAGUAUCUCAAAAUCUGCAAGGAACAACCAGUGUAGGCCAGACGACAUCACACACAACUUUGCCACUCAGUUUUGCGGUAACGAAAAAUGGCACAACUGCAAGAUCCGAUGGGGUCAAUACAACAAUGUCACAUGAGACCAUUGACAGCGAUUCGACGACACAGACGACGGAACCUAUAUUACCUGGAACACUAAAUUCGACCAUUGAAACCCUCCCGGGUGAGUUAAACAACACAACAUCAUCUCAAAACCAACAAGGAACAACAAAAUUUGGCCAGACGACAUCUUACACAACUUCGGCACCUAGUUUGAAUAAUGAAACAACUGCGAGAUCCGAUUGGGCUAAUUCAACAAUUGCGUUGCUCACUACUGAGUCUGUAUUCAACAACACACAGUCAUUCCUGUCGUCAAAUCAUACCUCUGCAGGAACCACAGACAAGUCAGACAUUUCUCAAACGGAUACUUCGACACUUCCCGUCCAUACGGAUGAAACGAUCACAACCUCGUCCCCAAACCAGACGUCACUACUUCAGAACGAGACACAGUCGCCAUUUGUAACGGCAACAGCCAACUCGUCCCCUAACUCCACAGGAGUGGAUGCGAAUAUGACCAGCACGUGGACAACUCGACCACUACAAUCAGAUGAGGCUAAUGAGCAAACUAUGGGAGUCACACAAGAAAUCCUACCUGGAAAAAGCAGAGUGCCAGCAUCCCUAUCGUCGAACAAUAAUUUGACGACCACAAAUUCAGUUUCAGACAGUAAUUCGACAGAAGCAAUGGAAAGUGCACCUUCUACGACACUGAACGGAACACCAACCGCAGCUAUUAACAAUUCGUCCUUGCUUCCUGGAAAAGAACUUGCAACUCCUACACCUACCCUCGACUCUAAUGUUAAUGCUACAACGCAAGUUUCUACAAUGCCCCUGAACAUAACGCUUCCAGUGACAUCAACACUUCCAUUUUCAGAAGUGUCGGGAACGAUCAGUGCUGUUAACAACACUCAAAAUACAACAUCUUCGACUUCUUUAGAUUACAUUACAGUGAAUGUCACGCUCCCAGCGACGACCACGUUAAUCGAGGUACCACCAGUUAGUGUCGAAGAAGUUGUGUCUACGGAAACAACCGAUCUGAAAACCGUCGAACAUCAGGGCUCAAGCACGACAGAAAUACUGACUAGUCAACUAAGUACAUCACUUUUGACGAAUUCCUCGACCAUCUUACCAAGUACACCAAAUAGUGUCGACAACGACCAAAUGUCCACAGACCUUGGAGGACGAGACCAAACACAGCCAUCAACCCAAACUGACGACUUUCCAACAACGGAUAAUGUCGAACCGAAGUCUUUCAACGGCGUUCUGAGAAUCACUUCAAUGGAUGGUCAGGUUGCAGCUUUUAACUCUUCUCUUAGCGACCAUAACAGUCUCUACUUCCAAAAGGUUGCAGGUGAAGUCGAGAAAGCCGUAACUGGACAAGCUCUAUCACAAUAA